GUGGGGUCCCAAAAGCUGCUGGAGCGUCCGUGAGCAGGACAGGGUAGCAAAGGCAGCGGGACGAGCUGGAGGGACACGCUCAGGUGGGAAUGGCCGGUGCCUGGGGCAGGUGUGGUGGCAGCCGGGGAAUCUGCACUGGGAGGUGCCACAGCAGAGGAGAAAUCCCAGGAGAGCCCACGAGGCUGGAACACGGAGGAUCCGAGAUGAGAUCCCACCUGGGAACCGAGAGUCUCCGUAGCCCCUUGCCCUGCCACUCCUGGCUGCCCAACACCUCCUGCUCCCGCCGCUGAUGAGGGUGUGAAGGCCGAGCUGACCGGGAGGAGGGACCCUCAAGCAGCUGCUAAGAUGGGCAUGAGGAUCAAGCUGCACAGCACCAACCACCCCAACAACCUGCUGAAGGAGCUCAACAAGUGCCGGCUCUCCGAGACCAUGUGCGACGUCACCAUCCUGGUGGGCUCCCGCUCCUUCGCCGCGCACAAGGCCGUGCUGGCCUGCGCCGCCGGCUACUUCCAGAACCUCUUCCUGAACACGGGGCUGGACGCCGCCAGGACCUACGUGGUGGACUUCAUCACGCCGGCCAACUUCGAGAAGAUCCUGAGCUUCGUGUACACCUCGGAGCUCUUCACGGACCUCAUCAACGUGGGCGUCAUCUACGAGGUGGCGGAGCGGCUGGGCAUGGAGGACCUGCUGCAGGCCUGCCACUCCACCUUCCCCGACCUGGAGAGCUCGGCCAUCACCAAGCAGCCCUCGCUGUCCGUGGGGGAAGGCCGGGCGGGGCCGCUGAGCAGCACCUCCUCGGAGCAGAGCCACUCCUUGGGCGACGUCCGGAGCGGCGCCGAGCACUUCGGCCCCGAGCGGAGUUACCUCCUGCACGGGGACGUGUCGGGCGGCUACAAGGAGGACGACAGGAACCCCGUGGGUGAAGCCAGCCAGGCUCUGCCCCUGAUGCACCCACAGCAGCCUCCCAAGGCGGAGCAGGGGCCGGAUCCGGGGCAGUUCGCUCCGGCCGCGGGUCUGGGGGCCCAGCCCGGCGGGAAUGUCACAGCACAGACCACGGGCAGCUCCUGCUCCCAGUACAAGGCCCAGAGCAACGGCGACUACGGGAAGGGCGGCUUCUUCCCCACCGACCCGUCCCUGGACGUCUCCAUGGGGAGCAACUCCUGCCCCAGCAACAGCGACCACUCCAAAGAGCAGGGGUUCGAGCAGAUGGACGAGCUGCAGCUGGAGGAUCUGGGAGAGGCCGAGCUGCAUUUUGAGGACGCUGGGGAAGAGCUGGGCCCGUCCGAGGAGGUGAUCGAGCUGAGCGACGACAGCGAGGAGGAGCUGGCCUUCGAGAGCGACGGCCGGGACAGCAAGGCCAUGCCCUGCCAGGUGUGCAAGAAGGUGCUGGAGCCCAACAUCCAGCUGAUCCGCCAGCACGCCAGGGACCACGUGGACCUGCUCACCGGGAACUGCAAGGUCUGCGAGACCCACUUCCAGGACCGCAACUCCAGGGUCACUCACGUCCUGUCCCACAUCGGCAUCUUCCUCUUCUCCUGCGACAUGUGCGAGACCAAGUUCUUCACCCAGUGGCAGCUGACGCUGCACCGGCGGGACGGGGUCUUCGACAACAACAUCGUCGUCCACCCCAGCGACCCCCUGCCCGGGAAGGGGGCCGUGUUCGGGGCAGGGAGGAGCCCCGAGCUGUCCUGCGCCGCCUGCGGGAAGCCCCUGGCCAAAGAUUUCCACACCGUCCGCAACCACCUCCUGGAGCACGUGAACCUGAAGAGCCAGACGUGCGGCGUGUGCGACCAGAGGCACCUGAGCCUCUGCAGCCUGAUGUGGCACGCCCUGUCCCACCUGGGCGUCUCCGUCUUCUCCUGCUCCGUGUGCGCCAACAGCUUCGUGGACCGGCAGCUGCUGGAGAAGCACCUGGCCGUGCACCAGCACGUGGAGGAGGCGCUUUUCCAGUGCCACUUCUGCAGCCAGAGCUUCAAGCUGGAGGCGGCCUAUCGCUACCACGUCAGCCAGCACAAGUGCGGCGGGAGCCUGGACAUCCGGGCGGGCUUCGGGGAGCGGCUGCAGCCCCCGGGGCUGCCCAAGAGGAAGCUGCCCGAGGAGUUCCUGAGCGAGGAGCUGGCGCUGCAGAGCCAGCCGGGCAACAGCAAGUACAGCUGCAAGGUGUGCGGGAAGAGGUUCGCCCACACCAGCGAGUUCAACUACCACCGGCGCAUCCACACCGGGGAGAAGCCCUACCAGUGCAAGGUGUGCCACAAGUUCUUCCGCGGGCGCUCCACCAUCAAGUGCCACCUGCGGACGCACUCGGGGGCCCUCAUGUACCGCUGCACCGUGUGCGGGCACUACAGCUCCACGCUCAACCUCAUGAGCAAGCACAUAGGGGUGCACAAGGGCAGCCUGCCCCCGGACUUCACCAUCGAGCAGACUUUCAUGUACAUCAUCCACUCCAAAGAGGCCGAGAAGAACACGGACAGCUGAUGGGGAGCGAGGCAGGAGUUUGUUGCGGGAGCCGUGGAAAAAAAAAAAAAAAAGUGUGGUUUCUUUUAUUUAAUGGUCAGGCGUCGUGGAUGGAAUCCUCCUUUUCGUUUUUUUUUUGUUUGUUUGUUUUAAUUUUUAUUUUUUGUGCCUACUUAGGGCUGUUUUUUUAGAUUGGUGGCGUUGUACGAAUUAACAGCACGUGAGGUACAUCACUGUUUCAAGGAGUCCGUCGUGUUUACUUACCUCUGGUCCUGUUAGAGGCCAUCGAGUUCUGUGUUUUUAGUACUUCUCACUAGUUUUUGAGUCUAGAGUCUAUUUUUUUGAGCCUUCUAGCCCACUCAACCAGGCUAACCCUGAGCUUGUCCACAAACUGAUGCUGCUAAGAUUUUCACACCUGACCUCAGCGGAGAGGGACAGAGCCAGAGCAGGUGCUGGACUCGAAGGAAAAGGAACAAAAAGGAAAGAAAAAAGGAAAAAAAAAAAAAAAAGACAUUCUGGGCAUCCCUGGGGUUCUGCUGCUACUGCCAGAAGAUGGGCCAAGUGUGUCCUGGGAUUGGCCAUCGCCGGGUCACCAGGGAGAGGAGCAGGAAGCGUGUGAGUGUGCAGAUGAGGAGGGAACGAGGAGGGG